AUGAAUAAACUGUCAGCGAAGGUCUCUCCGUGCUCCACACCUCCACCUGCCACACUGCACACGGCCUCCACCUCAGGUGCAGAGGCUGACGUGAGGAGUGAGGAGUGUGUGUCGGUGCAGGACUCGGGGCCGAGCGAGGGUCCGUGUCGGUGUCCGGUCAGGGCGAUGCUGCGGUUAGCGGCGGGCGUGGUGAUGGGUGUCGGCAUGGCGACGGCGUGGGUGUGGGCGGCUCACAGCGCUAAACAAACUCUCACACACUUUAACGCUCCUUUUUUCAUCUUUUGGUUCUGCAGCAUCUGGAACCUGCUGAUGUUCCCUCUGUAUUACGCCGGACAUUUACUGACAGAGAAACACAGAGAGACGCCCUCAGCUCGGUUCAGGAGGUGUGUGCGGUUCCUGGGUGAUGGGGAGGUGACAGUGAGGGUGUUGUUGCGGUUCUCCGCUCCGUUCUCCGUGUUCUGGAGUGUGUCGGGGUUCCUGUACCUGCGCGCUCUCAGCAGGACGUCAGUGACAGACUGCAGCGCUGUGAUGUGCUGUAACUCCGCCUUCACCUUCCUGCUCACCUGGAUCGGCCUUAAGGAGCGCUUCCUGGGAGUCAGGGUGGUAGCAGUGAUUCUCUCUAUAACAGGAAUUGUGAUGUUAGCAUACUCUGAUGGUUUCUACAGCGACUCUAUCACCGGAGUGGCUCUGAGUGUCGGAUCAGCCUCCUGCUCUGCGCUGUAUAAAGUGUUGUACAGGAAGCGAGUAGGGACACUGGAUCCCGGCCCAGCUAGUGCGUUGUUGUGCUGUGUGGGUCUGUGUGCGCUUGUGUUGCACUCCUGGGUGUGUGUGCUGCUGUACGUCACACACGUGGAGUUCUGGCCUCCGUCUCAGCCUGUGCCCUGGAACACACUCUGCAUCACGGCGUCGCUGCUGCUCGUGUUUAAUGUGCUAGUGAACAUGGGAGGAGUGUGCACUUACCCUGCGCUCAUCUCACUCGGAGUCCUGCUCACGGUUCCAGCCAGCACAGCGGUGGACGUGUGGGUGAUGGAGGCUCCGCCCCUCAGUGACAUGCGCUCGGUGGCGUUGGGUUUGAUCUCGGCUGCGUUUGUGCUGCUGCUGUUUCCAGAGGAUUGGGACGAGAAAACUCUGCAGUGGAUCAGUUCAGUGUGGAGUCAAAAAACACUCAACACCUAAAACUUAACACUCAACACUUAACAUUUAACGCCUAACGCCUAACACCUAAAACUUAACACUCAACACCUAACACCUAACAUUUAACACCUAACACUCAACACUUCCCCCUUAACACUGAUUAGCACUGAUUAACACUUCCC